AUGGCUCCCACUCGACUCGCCCUUUGGGCCCUGGCGGCCCUCCCCUCGGCGCUGGCCCAUUACAACUUCGAGGCCUUGAUCGUGAACGACGAGGUCACCGGCCCGUACGAAUUCGUCCGCCGCACGACCAACGCCAACAGCCCCAUCACGGACCCAACCUCUACGGACAUGGUCUGCAACCAGGGCGGCCUGGACGCCGACAUCAUGGCCGCAACCAAGACGCGCACCGUCAGCCCCGGCGACAUCGUCGGCUUCGACAUCAACUCCGAGCUCGGCCACCCGGGCCCGGCGGCCGUCUACAUGAGCAAAGCCCCCGACGGCACCACCGCCGCCGAGUACAAGGGCGACGGCGACUGGUUCAAGGUCUACGACCUAACCACGUCAUAUAUCAGUCCUGACGAUGGCCUGCACUGGGCCACCUUCCCCAACUCCGCGGGCAUUCACAACUUCACCUUCCAGCUGCCUGAGCAGCUGCCCCCGGGCGACUAUCUCAUGCGCGGCGAGCAUAUCGGCCUGCAUGGUGCGAGCGAGUUCGGCGGUGCCCAACAUUAUAUGGGCUGUGCGCAGCUCACGGUUACGGGGUCGGGCUCGGGCAGCCCGUCGCCUCUGGUCAAGAUCCCCGGCGUCUACACGGGCAAGGAGCCGGGUCUCCUUAUCAAUAUCUACUGGCCCCCGCCACAGAACUAUACCAUUCCUGGGCCCGCGAGCUGGCCCAACGCCUGCGAGGACCACACGGCCAAUCUGCUUGGCCAGGCUAGCGACGGGGACUGUUCACCCAGCACGAAUUCCACUGCCUAG